CAGCAUCCGAGAGAGGCAUCUAUUCUCCAUACUACAGUACCUUCGGUAUAUACCUCCCACAUUGGGAUGUCCAGUAAGUAAUCAAACACGCAAUAAUAUCCCAUGCCAGUGGUAGGUACAACUUUUUAGCGGAGGAUAGGGACAUUAGGGUCUCUGUCACCCUCUCGCAAUAUCUUGAUUAUAUUACUAUCACGGAAUCGUUAUUCGGCCCGCCUCCCUCCCCUCCUCUCCACUACUGUAUCUACAGUACAACGUACCCCAGAAUAUUCAUCCACCCAUCUUGAUAAAACAUCAAUAGAAAUACUGCUACUGUACCUACCUCCAGUCCGUAUAUCCAUCUUGCCUCGCUCCCACCUUCUUUGCACCACGUUUAUUCAUAUCACACGUCAAAUCAACGAGUCCCAGCACCGUAAAUUCCCCAUCUCACCAUCAAGAAUCUCAGAACCAUUUCAACCAUGAUCACCGGCCUCGCCCACAUCAACCUCACCGUCCCCGAAGGGACUCUAGAUCUCGCCAACGAAUUCUACGGCGAGACUCUCGGACUGACACCACGUCCUGUGCCGUCGUUGCAAAAGGGGCAACUGGCCUGGUUUGAUAUUAUACCCGAAGGCGGCCACACCAACGGUGAGGGUGGUGCCGACCAUGGUGCCAGCCCCUAUCAACAAGUCCACAUCGCAUUCGGCCCCGCCAAGGAAUUUCUCCCAGAAAACAAAUCGUCGCGACACCCUUGUUUCAGACUUGCGUCGCCGGAAGCACUGUUACAACUAAGACAGAGGAUUUGGGAUCAUUUUGUACGCGGGGGAGCCGCGGCGCCCAGGGAGGCGGAUGAGCCGGGGAGCGAGAAUAGUGGUGCCAAAGGCGUCGAAUACCCCCAGCGGUUUUUUGCCAGGGACUAUGCGGGGAAUCGACUGGAGUUUAGUCUUUAAUAUCUGGAGUCUGGACUUCCGAGGAUUGGGUCGAGUCGAGUCGAGGUUGUACCGAUGCAAGAGGAGACAGGGAGGGAGGUUGGACUCGGCUGAGCUGGGCUGAGCAGGGCUGGGGUUCAAUUUGGGCGAGCAGAGGCAGCAGAGCAGAGAGUUGGGAUUAAUUAGGACGAGCACACAAAAACCGGCGUCUCACCUAGGUAAGGUACGCUUUACUUACCAGACGCCGCUCAGGGUCGACAUUACUGGUGUGGUAGGUAUGGGCGAUUGCGUUGGCUAGAGGAGAGUCUGUUUCGUAUAUUGAUACGAUUUAUGAUCCAUGGUUGUGGUCUGGUCCGUUGAACCCCAAGGGCUGGGAUGAGGCCGAAUGGUAAAGGUGACUGUGAUGAGUGACGGUGCUGCUGACGGCAAUGGCUGUGAAAACAGUCGGUAUUAAGUUGGAUCAAAAGAUACCGUCUAUGUCUUGCUCUAUCCCUUACCUAUCUCUUCUUCCCCUUGCCAUCUUGGCCAAUUCACUACCAUUUUUCACUUCCUAGCUAUGCCAUGCCAUCUGGCAGUGACUACACCUAUGUCGAUGUGGAGAGACGAAACGAAGGGGAUGUGGCUGGGAAUCAGGGCCCAUACAUUUUGAUGGAUUCACAUAUACGACCAGGACGGGAAGGGAACGGAAUGGGGACAGCAGAGGAGACCAAAAGCGAUCCUUUUUGGGCUGCGAUGUUUGACAUUGAGAGUGUGCGAGGGAAAACUGUCUAGUUCUCCGGCGGAGGAAAGCCAGCACAAAGGAGGGCAGAGGGCGCGAGAGGAGAGCAGUUAAGAGAGAAAUAGGAGAGACGAGUUUAUGUCCUUCAAGGUAUCGAGAAAUAUAUGCAUAAUUAUCUCUUGGUUGAUAUCUCAAGAGGCAUAGAGAUUCGACCCACAUUAAUUCCAAU